GGGCGCGCUGGCGCGAGCGCGGCAGCGCAUGGGCGGCAGGAGCGGCGUGCCGCGUGCGGGCACGUCAGGCUGCGGCGCUGAGGCGGGGCGGCCAGGCCAUGCUGCGCCUCGCGGCCAAGGUGGUUUCCUUCUUCUGGAGGAAGGCGGACUGCCCAGAGGAGGAGGCCGGGCCGCCGGGGCCCGAGCUCGUGGAAGGUGACACCAGGUUGAAAACUGUCCAGGGUGUCGUGACAAGGUACUGCAGUGAUUACGGCAUGAUUGAUGAUUUGAUCUACUUCUCCAAUGAGGCUGUGACUGGCAAAGUGCUUCUAAAUGUCGGACAGGAAGUUAUUGCGGUUGUGGAAGAAAAUAAGGUGUCAAAUGGACUGAAAGCAAUCCGGGUGGAAGCCGUCUCGGAUAAAUGGGACGAUGACAGCAAGAGCCACGGUGGGGGGCUGUCUGACCCCAGCCCCCGGGUGCUGAUCGGGUGUGUGACCUCACUGAUGGACCACGCAGGCUACAUCAGCCAGACCACGUACUUCUCCCUGGAGAGUGUGUGUGAAGGUUUCGAGCCCUGCAAGGGAGACUGGGUGGAGGCUGAGUACUGGAUCCGGCCAGGCACAUGGAGCAGUGAGGCCAUCUCGGUGAAGCCACUGAGGUACAAGCGUGUGGACCGGGUCUGUGUGUCCAGCCUCUGUGGGAGGAACGGGGUGAUCGAUGAUUGCAUCUUCUUCACCUUGGACUCCCUGAAGCUUCCGGAAGGCUACACGCCGCGCAGGCACGAUGUGGUCAGCGCGGUGGUGGUGGAGAGCAGCCAGUCCUGCUACGUGUGGAGGGCGCUGUGCAUGACUCCCGUGCAGACGUGGGACUUCUCUCCCGCCACCGAGACUGCCGAAGAGGUCUGUGGAGCCCUUUUGCUCAAAAACAAAGGUGAUAUUGAAGUCACAAGGAUGACAAAUUUUGGAACUCUGAAAGAAGGAGAAAGCAAAAAUAUGGUGAUUCGGAUAGAGAAUAAAGGAGACGUUCCUCAAAACUUAGUCAGCUGCAAGCUGGGUGGCUGGGAUAAAGCUAAACAGUUCAGAUUUCAGAUGCUGGAUAAAGCCCAGGUGUGCCCCGAAGUGUCUCCUAUUUGUGUUCCUGAGAAGGAGAAGGAUUUUGCAGAUAAAAAUAUUAACUCGCUAGACAGCUGCGGGGAAAGCAGAACCUGGCAGACCCUGGAGAGCAGUUCGGUGAACAGCAAAGAAGUCUCUUCAGGUGACUGUGCCUGUAAAGGGGAAAAUGGAGUAAAGGAGAAGAACAUAUCACAGAAACGGGUGACAGAGUCCGAACCCAGUGGGCUCAUCCCUGCAGGGGGAGAAACUCGGAUCGCGAUCACGUGUGAUGCAAAGAAUUCUGGCCGCUGCAGGGAGCUCCUUUUGCUUUGCUUCUCCAGUUUCAUAAUUGGGCGAUACCUUGAAGUAAAUGUUGUAAGUGAGGAGGAGUCACUGAUAGCCGUCCGCGAACCCUUUUCGUGGAAGAAGUCUAAAAGUUCCCAGGUGUUAGCUUCCACCAAAACCACAGUCGUCGUGACCACACAGAAGAGGAACUCGCGACGACAACUUCCCAGCUUCCUCCCGCAGUACCCGAUACCAGACAGGCUUAAAAAGUGUGUGGAACAGAAAAUCGACAUCCUGACCUUCCAGCCGCUGCUUGCGGAGCUUUUAAACAUGUCAAACUACAAGGAGAAGUUUUCAACUUUGCUCUGGCUGGAGGAGAUUCAUGCAGAAAUAGAACUGAAGGAGUAUAAUAUGAGUGGGGUCACCUUGAAAAGAAACGGGGAUCUGCUAGUUCUGGAGGUCCCAGGACUGGCCGAAAGCAGGCCUUCUCUGUACGCAGGUGAUAAACUGAUUUUAAAAACCCAAGAGUACAACGGACACGUGAUUGAAUACAUCGGCUACGUGAUUGAGAUUCAUGAAGAAGAUGUAACUCUUAAACUUAAUCCAGAAUUUGAACAAGCAUAUAACUUUGAACCUAUGGAUGUGGAAUUUACAUACAACAGGACCACCAGCAGACGGUGCCACUUUGCACUUGAACAGGUCAUCCACUUGGGGGUAAAAGUGUUGUUUCCAGAAGAAAUCAUUUUACAGCCUCCCCAGGUGACAUGGAACUGGACCCAUGCGCAAGACACCACAAGGGACGGACAGUCCACCUCCAAGAAUAGGAAAGCUGUGAAGGACCAAACGAAGCAUGCCCCAGAGGAGCACCAGGCAGGUGCCCAGGACACACCAGUGCCACGGGCCUUCACCACAGAGAUCAGCAGGCUGGUCAGUGGGUCCCCGAAGGCAAGAGAAAAGGAGUUUUUCAACCCCAUGCUCAACGAGAACCAGAAGCUGGCGGUGAGGAGGAUCCUGAGCGGAGACUGCCGCCCGAUCCCCUACGUGCUCUUCGGGCCUCCGGGGACGGGGAAGACGGUGACCAUCAUAGAGGCCAUCCUGCAGGUCUUCCAUGCUCUGCCGGACAGCCGGAUCCUGGUGUGCGCGCCCUCCAACAGCGCGGCCGACCUUGUGUGCCUGCGGCUGCACGAGAGCCGAGCGCUGCGUCUGGGCACCAUGGUCCGCGUGAAUGCCACCUGCAGGUUCGAGGAGAGCAUCACAGAAGCCAUCAGGCCAUACUGCAGAGACGGGGAAGACGUCUGGAAGGCCUCUCGCUUUAGGGUGGUCAUCACCACGUGCAGCAGCGCAGGGCUCUUCUACCAGAUAGGCUUGAGAGUCGGACACUUCACGCACGUGUUUGUGGAUGAAGCGGGCCAGGCGAGUGAGCCCGAGUGCCUCAUCCCCCUGGGGCUGGUCUCGGACGUCAGCGGCCAGAUCGUCCUGGCUGGAGACCCCAUGCAGCUGGGACCAGUCAUCAAGUCCAGACUUGCCAUGGCCUAUGGGCUGAACGUCUCCAUGCUGGAGAGACUCAUGUCCCGACCAGCGUACCUGCGUGAUGAGGAUGCUUUUGGGGCCUGCGGCGCCUACAACCCCUUGUUGGUGACAAAGCUCGUGAAGAACUAUAGGUCGCACUCGGCCCUGCUGGCCCUGCCGUCCAGACUGUUCUACCACCGAGAGCUGGAGGUGUGCGCGGACCCCACCGUGGUGACCUCCCUGCUGGGCUGGGAGAAGCUGCCCAGGAAGGGCUUCCCCCUCGUCUUCCACGGAGUGCGGGGCAACGAAGCUCGAGAGGGUCGAAGCCCGUCGUGGUUCAACCCUGCUGAGGCCGUGCAGGCCAUGCGCUACUGCUGUCUGCUGGCCAGGAGCGUCUCCAGCCAGGUGUCCGCCGGCGACAUUGGCGUCAUCACGCCCUACCGGAAGCAGGUAGAGAAAAUCAAAAUUCUUCUGCGAAACGUUGAUCUGAUGGAUAUAAAGGUUGGAUCCGUGGAGGAGUUCCAAGGGCAGGAGUACCUGGUCAUCAUCAUCUCCACUGUGCGGUCAAAUGAAGAUAGAUUUGAAGAUGAUAGAUAUUUUUUGGGAUUCUUGUCCAACUCAAAAAGAUUUAACGUUGCAAUCACCAGACCCAAAGCCUUGCUGAUCGUACUGGGAAACCCUCAUGUCCUUGUCAGAGACCCGUGCUUUGGGGCUUUGCUCGAGUACAGCAUCACCAACGGCGUCUACACGGGGUGCAACCUGCCGCCGGAGCUGCAGCCGCUGCAGAAGUGAGCGCCACGGCUCCUGGCGGACGGACUCCGGCCCUGCCCCCUGGACUGCAGCAGCCACCCUCCAUCUGGUCCUGGGGUGACGUUUCCAGUCUGCGUCCCUUUCCCUCGCACAGCUUCAUAAGAAACUUCAGGGCCCCUCGUAAAGCCACCCUGGGAAGCGGGGCGGCCGCCAACCCCUCCAAAGUGGUCCCAUGGGUACCUGAGCCCCCACAGGGAGCCCCACCCACUGGCCCCUGCCUCUCCGCGUCUGCAGCCGUGGCUGGGUGUGUGGCCGCCCCUCCCUGCCCAGCAGAGCCCUGUUGAGAAAGGGCGGCCAGAAGCCAGCUCCACCCCCGAGGGGUGCUGUCUGGGACGCAGGCUGCCUGGACUCCAGCCUUGGCUGCGAGUGUGGGGCCCCUGGUCUGACACCCGCUCCGCCUGCGGGCAGCUCCACACCUGCCUGCCCCUGCCCCGGGCAGGCCUGCAGCUGUCGCCAAAAUAAACGCUCGAGUGGGAUACCUGUGAGGCGUGUGCCUCAGCUGUGUAGGUAUUGGGGGAAGGCCAGGCUUUCACGUGUCCUCCAGGCCCUUGAGCCACUUCCCCAUCCCAUGCCGGCUCUGCCCGGAGGCAGGCCCGUCGGGCAGGGGGCGCAGGCAUCUUGCCCACCCACAUCCUGGUGCAGCUAGGCAGGGCCGCGGAGACCUUCCCGUGAAUUCUGCAAAGGUGGAGUGUGGAGUCUGGCAGGAGGGACAAGGCAGGGAAUGUCCACAGUGGAGUUCCCGCAGCCGUCCCAGGACCCUGCUGCACGCGCCCUGUGACGGCUGCUGCCACCCCCAGUCCCAGAGGGGCCUGUCCCUUGUUGGCAGCUGUGAGCACAGGAAGUGCCCUCGCCCCAGCUCACAGGCGGGGAAGUUGAGGUCCUGGUGGGCCAGCCUGGUUCCCACUGGGGCCCCAGUGGAGGCCCAGUGGGUGAGAAUCCACCUGCCAAUGCAGGAGACAUGGGUUUGAUGCGCGACCUGGGAAGACGGCACAGGCCGUGAAGAACUGAGCCCUGCGCCACAGCUGCUCAGCCCACGCUCUAGAGCCCGCACGCCCCAGAGCCCGCACGCCCCAGAGCCCGCACUCCCUGAGAGGAGCCGCUGCAGUGAGAAGCCUGAGCGCCGCAGCUGGAGAGAAGUCCUUGCACAGCACUGAAGACCCAGGGCAACCAAAAAUUCAUUUAAAAAGCUGCUCAUCCCCAGCAUGUUGUAAAUGUUACCUUUUCAUGGCAGCCUUUUCAGCGUCUCCAACAGAAUCAAAAAGCCAUUGUGAUUUGACGCUCACCUUUGUCCACUUGACGAAGACCUCGGCCAGCUGUCCAUUCACAACUGGAAGCACCGCGUUGUUUCUGCCUCCACAGAACUGCACCCCAGUGCAGACGGGGCUCAGUUGAAAGUCGAGGCCAUCACAGGGGGUCUGUUCUUCCCGGGCACAUGGCGGGCUGGCACCAGCCAAACCCUCUGCCAACAAAGUGCUGCUGGGUUUGAGUGCAGCAGCUCACAGGUCCACUUCCUCCAAAGAUGCCUGUGCCCCCAGCCCUGGCAGUGGCUGCCUCUUGCCAGAGUGAGGGGUACUGACCAGGGCAGAGCUCCCAGCCCACCUACCACCCAAGUUCAGGUUGAAGCGGCCCUCUGCUGUGUUGUGCAUGGAGACGGGCGUGGUUACUGCAGCGUGACUCGGCCUGGCCUGUCCUGCCCAGCAUCCUCUGCUGCUCCAGACAAGGGCAGUCAGUCCCCUGCGUACGGACAAGCUCCGUUCUGAGAGCUGUUCGUAAGUUGAACGAUGUUUGCCUAGGUACCCAGCUAACACAGUUGACCAUGUAGUACUGUACUGUAAUAGGUUUAUAAUACUUUUCAUACAAAUAGUAUAUAAAAAGCAGCACGACAGCCAGCAUACAGGGACUGGCAUCGCAUGAACAGUCAGGAGGAGUCACCGAUGAGGAGGAGGUCGAGGCGCAAGAUGCUGAGCUGAGGGAGUGUCAGCCACUGGAGACAUGUCACAGUUUGACUCACAUCUGAUGUCAAUGGCACAGGUUCUGGUUCCAUGCUGGAUUAAAUUCUAUUGCCUUGAAAAAACCAUGCAGUGAUGUCUGGGUCAUAGCUCUUUUUUUUAUCAUCAUAGAUGACACAGUAGCCCCGCAUAGCAUUCUGAACGGCGCUACAAACAAGAACAGCGCCUCCUCCAGCAGAACAUCCUCUGCCAUUUCCAGUAGGCGGACACUCCCCGGUUCGUCGGUUCCUCUUCCUCCUGCCUCUCUCCCUCCUUUCUCGGCCUCAGUUCCCUCAGGUCUUCGUUAGUGAGGCCCCCAAGUUGCACAGCAAGGGGUUGAGUGACGUCAUCCUCCUGCAGAUCCAGCUCUGGCGUCUCUCUCAGGGUCACUGAGCUGCUGAAGAUCUCUUUGGACUCCUGAUCCACCUUCUCAAAUCCACAAAAAUCGUGAACUACAGGCGAAGGUUCUUUCAAACCCCAGUCGUGGUAACGGCUGUAACCUCAGCCGUUUGUGGCCUUGUAGACGUCGUCGUCCUUCCAGAAUUGUCACAGGUUGUUCCUGAUUCAUCAGUUGCCUUUACUUCCUGAUGAAAAGUGUGACGUAAGUGAGACUUCUUGAAAGUCAAUAAAAGUCUCCCUGGUCCAUAGGGUGGACGAGUGACAUGCACUGCUUCGACGCUGGGAUGACAGGGGUCCAUGAGCCGGGGGUGGCCCCGGGCCCCGUCAGCAGCGAAGGUGGAAUGGGACGUCCUCCUCCACACAGUACGUCUCUGUCUCUGGGAUAAAGGGGGAAAACCAGUCCUGGAAGACGGGUGUAACCAGGCUUUGGGGUUACUUUUCCACACAACAGGAAAAGAGCCCUUGGCUAUGUUUUUCAGGGUUCGUGGGCUCUGAGUGGUAAAUUAAGAGAGGCUUCAGCUUCAUGUUACCGGAAGCAUUGCCAUCAGCCCGCAGAGUCAGCCUGUACUUGGCUGCGUUCUAGGCUGCCAUCAGCUUUUCCUCCUCCCUGAUGUAACUUCAGCCUGGCAUCCUCCGGUACAGCCCUGUCUCGUCCAGUUUAAAAACCUGCUCUGGUAAAUACGCCUCUUCAUCAGUAAUUUCUCAGAGCAGGUCAGGAAAUGCCCAGCGGCCACCAUAUCUCACCCACUUUACGUUGUGAAGGUUGAUGCUGGCUCUAGCUUUGAGCCCGUGAAAUCAGCCGUGGCUGGCAUUACAGGAUGUACCCUCUGAAUCUCCCCUGUGGGUCUUCUUCAGGUCUUCACACAGGCUUUUAGCUCUCUCUUAAAUCAGCAUGAAGCUGAGCGGGGCUAGACGCGGGUGCUGGUCCUGCAGCCACAUGCUGAGAAGCUUCUCCGUCUCCUCCAUUGCUUUCCCACGCCUCUGCAGUGUUACGCUCAACACGGUGUGCACAGCAGGCCUCCACACGCCCCCUGCGCUUGUCUUGCUCUUGAGAGUCGUGCCGAUGGUGGAACGGUUCACGUUACGAGAGCGAGCGACGGCGACCAUCCUUUCACCUUGCUCCGCUCUCAGUCAUUCUCACUUUUGUUUCCAUCAUCAUUUCUUGGCACUUCUUAGCAGUACUAGCUACAUCACCACUGUUUUUCCACUUGCUUCCGGAUAUCCUGGCCUUGAAAUAAAGCUGCUGCACCGCUGUACUCCACGCAGUCCUGCAGAGUGAGGUGCACAGAAGCACAAGCACUGGGAGAGGAGGCACGCAGGGGCCUGUGCACCAGACGUGAGCCAGUGGGGCUGGACGUGCGUGCACGAGCCCACGGCUGUGAGCGCUCACCACUUGAAGGCUCCUGUAUAGGGGACGUACUGUAUCUGCCGUGCACCGAGGGCCUCGUUUGUCCCAAUCUGUGAGACUAUGAACCUGAACCUGGGAACCAGAACUUCCUGUGUGUUCUCAGAUCAUUAGC